AUGGACAUUCGACAUUUUUUCAAAAAACCACGUCUAGAAAAUGAUGAGAUAGAAAAUAGUUUUAAUAACCAGUCACAACCAACUGAACCAGCGAAAAAUGCAUCUCCUGAAACAAAUGUAUCAGUGUCACUUCCAGAGAUUGUGCACCAACAUGACAUAGGAUUAUAUGUGAAUAAACCUGCAACUGAAACUAUUGACUUGUUUCCGGGGCUUCAAAUUUUGAUUUGGACACCUCCAGAAAACUAUAAAUUUCCUGUUUCCGAAAAAAGAAAUUUAAAAUUUCAAAGAAGUUGGUUGCUCAAAUAUAAAUGGUUGACUUAUUCAGCAAUUAUGAAUGGCGUAUUUUGUAAGUAUUGUGUGCUGUUUUCUGUCGGAGGUGGAGGAAUUGGACAUCAAACGUUGGGACUGUUAGUUAAAAACCCGUUUACAAACUGGAAAAAAGCUUUAGAAUCAUUUAGUUACCAUAACUCACUAGAGUAUUAUAAAACUUCAUUAUUAAAAUCAAAUAUGAGAGCAGAAAUUGAUAACCAAAACAUUUUACCUGUUGAUUUACAAAUUUCGGAACAACAAUUAGAUUUCAUUAAUGAAAGUAAAAAAUGUUUGAUUCCUAUAAUCGAAACAUUAAUAUUAUGUGGCCGGCAGGGUUUGGCGUUUCGUGGUUCAAAUGAUUCAGGGAGAAUAACCUCCGAAGAACCUUUAACUAACGAUGCAGAUGAAACUGCCGAUAUUGCCGGCACAGAACAAGUCUCAAUAUGUGUAAGGUAUUUAAAUUAUGAUGACAGUAAAUUAAAAAUAUGUGAAGAUUUUUUAAGCUUUGUACCUGUAGCAGAUUUAACAGGGAAAGGUUUAUCAAAUAUUAUUUUGGAUUUCCUUGAACAAUCUGGAAUUGACUGUGCUUAUUUAUUUGGACAAGGGUAUGACGGGGCUAGUACUAUGAGUGGUGAAUUUCACGGAGUUCAAUCGUAUAUCAGAGAAAAGUAUCAUUUAGCACUCUACUCACACUGUGCUGCCCAUAGUUUCAAUUUGGCAGUUAGUGCCGCAUGUAGUAUCCCCCAAAUUAGAAACUGUCUCGGUACAGUCCAAUCUAUUUACAACUUCUUCAAUACACCAAAACGACAAAUAGCACUUCAUGAUGCAAUACAAAAUAAUGACACUUUGUUACAAGAAAAGAAAAAAAAACUUAAAAAAUACUGCGCAACAAGUACUUGGACAGAUUCAAAAACAACAUCCGGAUCUUUUCAACUCCUUUCAGCUAUAAAAACCUUACAGUUUCAAGUAUCAAUUCACAUUUUGCAUUCAGUACAUGCAUUGGCUUUAUCAUUAAGUAGAGUUUUACAAACAGAAAAUCAAGAUUUGGUUGAGGCUGUUAAGUUAGUAGAUGCAGCAAAACACCAACUUGAACAAAGAAGACAAUAUUCUACAGAUAACUUCGACAAAAUUUUUGUGACUGUAGAAGAUAUUUGUAAGAAGUACAAUAUACCUGUGACUAAACCAAGACUUGCAUCACGUCAAACUAACCGUUCUAACAUUACAACAGACUCCGUAGCAGAUUAUUAUAAAAUUACUAUUUACAUACCCUAUCAUGAUUUAUUUAUCACUCAUCUUGAGGAUCGUUUCCUUAAACAUCGGAAUAUUUUGGCUAACUUCUCAUGCCUUUUUCCUAUUGAAACCAAAUCUUUAGACAAAGUUGCUUGUUAA